UGUGUAGGUGGUGUUGGUGAUGCUCCGAAACUCGGUGUGUCAUUGGUUUCUGAUGGUGACGUACGUGUACAUCAAAUGGCGGUUUAAUUGAUGGAUAAAAUGUAACGGAGAAUUGGAGAAAUGUAUGUGUCCAGGCAGUACUUGGCAACCAGACGUCCGCCAUCACAGUGUCAUUUUUUUCAUUGUUGUUAAUAAAUUAUUUGUGAAAAAUAGCUGCUAGCUCAUGACGUUUAUCGGUAACAAUUAAUCUCAAGAGUCCUAUUGUGUGCUGUAAAAUGACAAGUAUUUCUGGGUACGCAAGUGAUAACGAAAUGUUAUCGGGGCUUACUCAAAAAUUAACGAUCAAGGUUGAUAAAUCCAAUAAUUAUUGACAAGUUUCUCCACAACUGAUGCUCAUUUCAAACACAGGCAACUUUCCGAAUUAAUUUAAUUAAUUAAUUAAAGUAAAAGUCUUGUAAAUUAUUUUUUAAAAAUGUCGGGAGGCGAAAGAAAAAAGCGCGGCGGUGACAAAGGACAAGGCUGGGAGGAAGCUGGGGCUGAAUUUUAUCAAGAACGUUAUCCAGCUGCUAUUGAGAAUGACUUACAGCAAGCACUACGUGAUCCUUCGCACAUCGCGACUCUGUUGCCGAGUAAAAAGUCACGCGUUGCGACCGCUAAACGGAUAAGAAACGAACCGAAAACAACAAUGAGAAGACGCACCAGCACUCGGUCCCGGUGUGCGACAAGCACCGCCAGACGAAUGUCAACAAAUGCACCGAAUAUUGAUACUGCUGUUUCAAUGCUGCCAGAUUUAUCUGAAAAUUUAUCGAAUGAAGAACGCACUUGGGAGGAAAUAAUGCAGAUAAAGGCAAUGCCCGUUUGUAUGGCGCAAAAGAUACAAUUGAAAAGACAACUACAGAAUGCGACAAAGUUAAGACUCCAGGGCUUCGAGCAGCUCAAAUGGCAACGCAGAAAAGCCUGGCAGCAGUUUAAAUCCCGUAUGAAAGAAACUUACGCUAAAAUGGAGCUGUGGAGCACGAGUUUCAAAAAAAUAGGCGGUAACUUUGGGAUGGGAAUCGUCGCAUACUUUUUAUUCAUAAAAUGGCUCAUGUUUCUCAACAUUACACUGUUUAUUGUGAUAUUUGCGUUCAUAAUACUGCCGACAAUAGUGUUGGUUGAGGAGCUGGAGCCUUGCACGGGGAACAGCUCCUCCAGUGUGUCUUGUUCGUCGGAGGCUUACUGGAAUUCCUCAGAGUCUGGGAAUACAUUCGUCGAUAUAAUGCAGGCUCGGGGAAUAUUGGAGCGCACAUUACUGUUCUACGGAGCGUACACUAAUCAGAUUUACGGGAAAAACGGGAACGGCACUUACUACGAUCUGCCUCUGGCUUACAUUUGCACGAUAAUUGCCGUGACUCUUAUUAGUUUGAUUGCAAUAAUUCGAUCGGCGGCUAAAGGCUUCAAGGAGCGAGUCGUCGAGGGUGAGGGACAAUUUUAUCAGUACUGCAAUUUAAUAUUCGGCGGAUGGGAUUUUUGUAUUCAGAAUGAAAAAGCCGCGGGGAUUAAACACAAAGCGCUUUACAAUGAAAUCAAGGCUUUUUUGGAAGCAGAGAGACUUGAGGAGGAGCGGCAAAAUCGUACGCGCGAGGAGAGAAUAAAAUUAUUUUUCGUCCGUCUGAUUGUUAAUUUGCUGGUUAUUCUAGUACUGAGUGCUUGUGGAGUUUUCAUAUACUUUAUAAUAGAAUUGUCGUUUGACAAAGUAGAAGACCCGAGUUUCUUGCAAGCCGAAAGCUCCUCUUACAUAUCCAUUGAACGUCUUGUCCAAAUAGCCUACGAGUUUUUGCCCUACGUCUGUAUCGUCGGAUUAAAUAUAGUGGUACCUUUUCUGUUCCGCUAUUUGGUAGCUCUAGAGCACUACAACCCGCUCUUUGUCGUCAGAUUAACAUUAUUUCGAAUCGUCUUCCUGCGUCUAGCCUCGUUAGCGGUAUUGCUGACGAGUUUUUAUAAAAAAAUCUCAACUCCCGAAGAGGACGAUGAGCAGCCGCGACACGUGAGCAACGCAAAUCAUCGCCGUCCUCAGUGCUGGGAAACAUUCGUCGGACAACAAUUUUUUAAACUUUAUCUUACCGAUUUUUUUACACAAUUUUUGGUGACAUUUUUUAUAAAUUUUCCUCGUUCGCUGAUCGCCCGACACAGUGAGAAUAAAUUCAUCCGGUUCAUCGGCGAACAGGAAUUUGAUCUGCCAAGACACAUUUUAGACAUUGUUUACUCCCAAACAAUUUGUUGGAUCGGUAUGUUUUUUGUACCAAUACUGCCACUGAUCUCGACAAUCGGCUGCUUCUUUUUGUUUUACAUUAAAAAGUUUUCGUGUCUGAUUAACAGCACGCCCUCGAGUCAAGUUUACCGAGCUAGUCGCUCAAAUUCGCUGUUUAUGUUCGUGCUGUUGGUGUCUUUUAUUCUGGCGAUAAGUCCAGUGGCCUACUCAAUUGCCGAAAUAGAACCAUCAAAGUCCUGUGGUCCAUUCCGAGGCCUUCACACUGUCUGGGAAUUGAUCAUACAGACUUUCUUACGCUUCCCCGAGUGGAUACGCAGAACUCUAUUUUUUCUCGGGACUGCCGGGUUCGGAAUACCUGCUUUUAUCGCUCUUUCAUUACUCCUGUACUAUUAUCACGCGGUUUCCGACGCGAACAAACACAUGGUCGUGGUCCUCAAGAACCAACUGGUGCUCGAGGGACACGACAAACAAUUUUUACUUAACCGUCUCAGUGCUUUCAUUAAACAGCAGCAAGAGCAAUCCAAAUAUCAAGAGCAAGCUAUUGAUAUGAAUAAUUUUUAGUUGGUUGUUUUGAAUAAUUGUUUUAGUUUUUUGUAGCUACUUUUUAGCCUAUCUAGAGCAUAGAGCUAUGUGAAAAUGGUCAAUGUUUAUGUAAUGUGAAUUUCCGGACGUACAGUGUAAAAAUUACGCACUAACUUAGAGGAAAGAGUAAUCAGUAGUACACAUUAUAAAAACAUUCUAAAUUCUCGACGUGAUAAAAAUUAUACAAACCUAUUUUCACACUAGAUUUUAUUUAAUUAUUACUAUUCAAUGUAAAUAUUUAUUUAUUUGCCAGUCAGGCUUUGAGAUAAGCGUUUUAAGGCACUCACUACGUCUAGUCGAAUUUAUUAUAAUAAUAAUGAUAAUUAUUAUUAUUAUUAUAAUGAGUAAGAAGGUAGCAUUUAGAUGAAAUCUCAUGCUUUGUAUGUUCUGAUAAAAUAUUUAAGGUAGUUGAGGUACUUAUAGUUAAUUCAAAAUUAUUAGAUUAUUUAUUAUUUAUCAAUGGAUUAAUUAAUGAAACAGACUGAACCUCAACUAUCUUAAUGACUGAUAUUUAAUCACUAUUUAUUAAAAAAAAAAAAAAAAAAAAAAAAAAAAAAAAAAAAAGAUUAAUUAUUGGAAAAAGCGAAUGAUGAAGAAAAAUAGUAUUUUAUCAAUACACGUUAUUAUUGCGCACAUUUAAAGAUUUUAUUGGAUAAAGAAGUAGUGCAAUAUAUAAUUAUUAUUUUUGUAGUUUAGAUUCUUUUUAUGCAACUGCAUUUAUAUUUAUAUCGAAUAUCUAUCGAAGUAAGUGAUAUUUGGAAAUAAUAAACGGCUACUCUGUUAUUACGAUACUGACUAAAAAUAAACUUUUGUACAAAUUUUAUAAACUUAUAUACGGCAGCUUAUAUAACGAGUCCAGUAUAAAUAAUUAUUAUUAUAAAUUACAUUUUUUAAAAUUCAAUUUGUAGAUAUUAACAGUAUGUAAAUUAAUAAUUUAAUUAUUUUUUUGGUAAAGUCAUAUGAGUAACAGAGAAAUAAAUUCACUAUUCAAUACCAAUAGACUUAAAAAAAAAAAAAAAAAAAAAAAAAACAAAUAAAUAAAAUAGCUUGUGACCAAUUUCUGUUGG